AUGGCCAGUGGGCGCAUCACACGGGCCCUCGGGUCGUCACAAGUCAAGUCCCGUGUGGCGGCUCUCACCCGCGAGCUUCAGGCAGCCUGCAAGGCAGACGGCAAGGGCUGGCAGCAUGCGUUAGGGCUCCUCUUCGAUGAGCUGGACCACUCGGAGCGCACGGGAAGGCAGAGCCUAGAUGUCCGCGCUCUCUCCGCAGGCCUCGGAGUAUGUGCUGCGGGAGCCCGAUGGCAGGAGACUCUCCGCAUCUUGAGCUUUUUGAAGGACACUGGCCAGGGUCUGCCAAACGAAGUCGGACGCAGUGCAGCUAUUGCAGCACUCCUCCGUGCGGAUCGCUGGCAGCAGGCCCUCUUCUUGUUCUUCAUCUUCGAGUCCGAGCUGGAGUCCGUUGAGCCCGUCUCCAUCGGGGCAGCCAUCAAUGCCUGCGCCGAGGGAUCUCACUGGCAAGGGGCGCUCUCCUUGCUGGACCAGAUUAACGACUUGCAUGGAUUGAAGCAGGAACGAGAGGUGCAUUCUCCUCGCAGCGUGCAGGUUUGUCGCAAUGCCGCAAUCACUGCGUGCGGGCGCGCCUCUCGUUGGGGCUGGGCUCUCCACAUCUUCCUCAAGCUUGGUCGUGCAGACGACGUUGGCUGCAGUGCUGUGGUCAAUGCUUGUCAGCGGGCCUCACAGUGGGAACAGGCUUUGCACCUUCUUCGCUUCGCACCGAAAGGCCGUAAUGAGGGAGCCGUCACGGCGGCAAUCGCUGCCUGCGAGCGGGCAUCGCGUUGGACGGCUGCUCUGAGCCUGCUGCGGCAGGGAGGAAGCCUUCCAUCUUGGAAUACCGCCAUGAGCGCCUGUGAGAAAGCCGGCUUAUGGCAGCUCGCCCUGGCUCUCUUCUUGCAGCUGCCUGACGUCCGUCUCUCCCCAAGCGGAGUGUCCUACAACACUGCCAUCUGCGCCUGCGAGAGGGAAGGCCUCUGGCAAGACGCUCUCUUCCUACUAUCUCAACGACGAGAGCUUGAGGAGGCUGACAACAUCGCCGUGGGAUCAGCAGUCAGUGCCUGUGCCAAGGCCGCUCAGUGGGAACGGGCUGUGGCAAUGGUUCUGAAGCCGUGGGACCUUGCGGUCCUUUGGAGUGGCCUCGUGGACUCCAGGUGCUGCUCCGCCGCUCUUCUUGCCUGCCAGAAGGUCUCCAAGUGGCUCCAAGCUCUGGACCUCUUCUGGGGCUACCCGGCUUCCUCGGACCUGGACACACUACCCGCGGACUAUGCCUUUGCUGCUGCUGCUUGUGAUGAAGCGCAUCGCCCGGGCUCGGCGUUGGAGAUACGGCAUGCGCUGAGCCAGAGCCAUGUACUGCGGAGGUCAACCGCUGCACUGGAUGCUGUCAUUGCGAUGGAUACAAUGGCGGCUGGCGACUCCUGUGGCGAGCUGCAAGGAGGCCGAUUCGUUCAAUCGGCUUUGGCUCCAGCACUGAGUUCUUUGCAAGGUGGGCUUUGCAGCCACGAGGCGCUACAUUCUUUGCCAAGUUUCGGCGCAGCCUGGGCUGCAGAUAUUUUUCAGGGAUGGCACCUGACUUUCUGCUUCGGUGAAGGCCUAAGUCUCGCGAUUCCAGAACGCGAGUAA